UGGGAGGGUGUCGCCAUGGCAGCGGCCGAACCGUUUGAGUCACAUGGUCGGGGAGCUCUCUUGAAUCUGGCGAGGGGAGGCUCGGAGGAGUCUUUCUUCCCAGCUUUGGACGCCGAUGGCAGCAAAAUGAGCCAAGCCCCGAUGGCGGAGAGACUCCAUCUGAACAGGACGACAGGUUUCGAACCGCAGGACGGGGAGGCGGACACGCCCGUGUUUGAGGUCAGAGUGUUCAACAUCGUCCUCAUCAGCCUGGCCUCGCUCGUUCUCGCCAUCACCGGCCUGUACUGCGUCAGCGUCUGCUACAGCCGCAGCAGGCAGUCAAAGAGAGCCCUUAUUUACGAGAGCGCCGUGACUCGGGGCGAGCCGGAAAACCCGGUGGCAGUCAAAGCUGUGAAGCGGUCGACCAGCUUCGUCAACCCUAUGGCGUUCUUCAGGAGGCCCGAGGCUGCAAAGGACAACUCCAGGGUCUACUUCAUCUACAGCAACCCUCUGCCCGUGGGACUGAACGAGGACGAGGAGGAGGAACACAAAAAAGCCACCAGCACCACCACCAGCGGCAGACCGCAGCAGCAGACUUUGCUGACAAUGCCGCCGUCGUUACGGGAGUACGCCAGCGACCCGAGCAGCGGAUUCAUCCUGGACCCUCCCAUAUUUUACAUGCAGCUUUAAACAAUUAGGAGAAAAGCAUUGGCUAUGAGGUUAAUCUCGUCUGUAGCUGUGUCCACUGUCCACUAUCAGAACCUUGUAGGUUAAAGGAUUUAUCUUCCGUUUCAUUAACGCAGAGCAAAAACGCGUUAAUGAGAAAAGUUUUAACUUUAUGGUAACCUGGACUCAAAAUAGUAGACAUGGCCCAAUUCUUAUAUUUAAAACAGAGGGGUGGGGGGAAAUCCCACAACAUAUCUCCAUAAGGACAAAUGCAUUAACUUAGCUUUUCCUUUUAGAAAAGAACAUUGACAUGGAUAAUUGUGGUACAAUAAACAUGUUUUCCUAUCGUUUC